AUGAGUUCUACUGCAAGUCCUCUCACCACCCGGACGAAUCCGAUGUCCGGUAUUUUUACACCACCAAGUUCAUGCUCCUCACAUUGGACCUAUGAAAGCCAAGCUGCAAACAGUGUGACCGGAGGACUUCUGAUACAGAACGCUGGAGCUGGUCGAAAUGAUGAACCCUGCUAUCCACCUGGGUUCGAUGGCUGGGGAAGAGCGCCAUCCUUCAUUCAGAUCUUCAGUCCUGGUGUAUGCCCGUCUGGGUAUACCACUGCGAACAACAACUAUGAUGGCCACACAACUACAGCGGUGUGUUGUUUGAGCAAGUUCGGCUACAAAAACUUUAUCAGCAGUGUCAAUGCCGGAGGAAAGACUGCACAGUUCUACGGGUGCACGAGCAUCUUCACCAAUGCUGAUCCCACAACCGUGUUCGCGGAAGGAGAUGAUGAUGGUGUAACAUCCUCUCUUGACGGUAUAACCGGGAUGUUUACGACUGUGUCUGGCCUGAUCACGAUGUGGGCGCAACCUAUUACAGUCGCUUUCCAGCAGCAUGACCUGUCGUUGUUCACGACAUCUCAGUCUACAACAUCUCAAACCACGACAUCUCAGUCUAGCACAAGCACUACAUCUUCGACAGCCUCAAAAGAAACCUCUAGCACUAGCAUUUCUUCUGCAGUAGCGAACCCUGCAUCGUCCUCACCGAUGGCCGCUGCUACCCCCAGCGCCUCUGCCAUCUCUACAUCCUAUGUGUCAACGAAAUCUCUCACCACCUCCUCUGUACACGCAACUGCACCAGAAACCGGAACCUCCAUAGCAUCAUCGUCCGCUACCGCCAAAUCUUCUUCCGAGAUGUCUUUACUUGGAUCCAAUGCACCAACGACAUCUCCAGUUCAAAUAGAAGGUCCCCGUCCAGGACCAUCCACUGGUGCAAUAGCUGGUAUAGUGGUUGGUGCAGUGGCCUUAUUUGCCAUUAUAAUCGGUGCUGCCAUUUUCUUCAGAAGACAACGAAGACCCACAACAUCUCCAAGAAGUCUGGAUCUGAUGGACGUCCAGAUGGCUCAAAAAGGUCACACAGGGGUUGGCGACUCAGGUUACACGCUUCGAGACCCUUCAUGGGGCUCGGGGCGAAAAAGGGCCAGCGGAGUUGCAUGA